UUUCCUCAUGACUUGUGAAAGAGUACCGUUUCCCAAUCAUUCCCCAGACAAUGCACAUGUGAAGUAAUGAUCCUUUCACAGACACUCGAAAUUGCCGUGCCAAUUGGAUCGGCAGCUAUGACGGACAUCGCUCUAAUUGCCAUCUUUUGCGUGGUCUUCACGUACAUUGUCAGAUGUGUGUUCCAGUACACCCGAUCGAAGCUGAUUGGGAACAAGCUACCAGGUCCAACAGAAUCCUUUUUGUGGGGCAAUGCAGCAGACAUGCAGGCCCAGGGCGGCCUUGUGCUGUUCCUCGAUCACCUCCACGAGAGAUACGGCCCCAUCGCGAGGUUUUGGGAUGGCGUGGGGAGCCUGUCUGUCUCAAUUAAUGACCCAAAGCUGCUGCAGCAAGUGAAUGGCACCAGGCUGGAAAAGAGAGUGGAUGGCCUUGACUUCUUGAAAGGCCUGCUGGGUGCCCGCGGGAUAGGGUACACAAAGGGUGCCCAGGCAAAAGCACGCAGGCAGCUGUGGCACGGUGUGCUGUCAGGGCAGCCAUUUCAGCAGAGCAUGCUGCCAGCGUUCAACAAGAUGGUGGAGUCAACCUUGGAUGACUGGACAGAAGGGGAAGGAGAUGCACAGGGAGAAGGCGUGGUGAUUGAGUUCAACAUGGCAGCGAGAAUGCUUUGGUUGCGCCUCAAUCAGGAAAUCGAGGGGCAGAGCGAGUGGGGCACUGGCGACCUGCUGAGCCUGCUCAUUGCUGCAAAGGGCCCUGAUGGCAGCCCAGCAUUCUCCACUGCUGAAGUACAUGAUGAGGUGUUGACGCUGCUGUUUGGAGUGUACGACAAUUCAAAGAUCCUCAGCCACACACUGCACCAGCUUGCAUGCCACCCUUGCGCUCAGGAGGCUGCCAGAGAAGAGGUGGAUGCUGCCUGGGGUGGCCGGCCACCAAACACCCUCCAGGCGCUCAUCAGCCUGAGAUAUCUGCAUGCCUGCCUCCAGGAGACUCUGCGGAUGUCAGCCGGGAGGGGAGUGAUCUGGCGGGUGCUGGAGCAGGAUGUCAGGCUUGGCAAACAUGUGCUACCCAGGAAUGCCACCCUGGUGGCCCCCAGUGCAUCCAUACACAGCAACCCAGAGUACUGGCCUGAACCCGGCAAAUUCAAGCCUGAAAGGUUUCUGGAGGCAGAUUCUGGCACAGAUAAGAGUGACAAGCUGUGCCCAGUGAAGCACCCAGGCGGCCAUCCGCUGGCUUUCAUCCCCUUUGGAUUUGGACUGAGGAAUUGCUUGGGGCAGAAGUAUGCGAUGAACACUGCCACGCUUGUCCUCGGUCACAUUCUCCAGAGGUUCACAGUAGAGCUUCCAUCCGAGGCAGACAGACAGCUGCAUUUCAAAGAGGAGAACCUGAGCCUGGAGUCAACAGAUGGCAUUCAUCUGCGCCUGAGGCCGAGAGCAAAGCAUGUGUCAUAGGUAAAUCAUGAGAGAGAGAGAUUAUGUUUUGUGAGUCGAAUUCGAGGACAGAAUAUCCGUUGCAGGACAUCGCAGCAGUAGGAAUUGCAACAUUUGCGGUAAAGGCCAUUGAACAAUGUCUGAAUUGUCAGUAUCAAUUGAGGAGGCAGUCAACAAUCCCGACGCUUCAGGAGCUCGCAGUCAUUCAUUGUGUCAUAAGUGCUGAGGAGAACAGCUCCACCAAACUGUGCAGCAGAAAGGACGUUGGAUAUCAGAAUCUGCUCAUGCAAUCUCUAAUAAGCC